GCCGUCAGCAGACUGACAAUAAACUGUGGCAGAAAGAACAAGAAGUGAAUUUGAUCACUGAGAAACUGAAGAAAAUGACUGAGGAGCAGCAGAGCCUGCUACAAGAAUCCAAGCGCGAAGCCGAGUCUCUGAUCAAGGAGAAGAAGGACUUAGAGAAAAAGCUGACUGAAGUUAAGAAAGACGACAACAAGGAGUCUGAAGCUGACGUCCUGCAGCAGCUGAAGGCUGAACAGCAAAAGAGGGAAGACGCUGAAAAAUCCCUGCAGGAGCUGAAAACAGAGCUGGACAGCAAAAACCAAAAGCUGAAGGUUUUUUCAGAAAAGGUUGAAAAUCUCCAUGAGAUGCUGAGGAAGACAGAAGAGUCCCAGCAGGUGUUGAUGAAGGAGCUGCAGAACCAUAACAACGAGCAGCAGAAAAACCCUGAAGAAUCUGCAGCCGAGGAGCCAAACCUGGACAGCAUGAUGUCAGAGAUGACGGAGCUGCACAACGAGCUGGAAGUCGCCCAGGCUCAGUCUGAGGCUCUGACAGAAAACAACCAGCAGCUGGAGGCUCAGCUGGCUGACCUGAAGCAGAGAUACAACCAGGAGUUUAAAACGAUAAUCACAGAGGAGCGAGAGUGGAGGGAGGAGCUUGACAGAGACCUGGAGGGUCUGAGGAAGGAAUAUGAAAACAAGAAGAACGAGCUGAAAACAAUCCAAAAAGAAGCAGAUUCUAAAACCUCUGAAGACGAUUCAGCAUCGGCAGAGGAAGAGGAAAUCUAUGUGGAGGAUUGAUAAAACUAUAUAUUCAAUAGUAUUUUAGAUAAACUGAACUUCACCAGUUAGUUAUUAAAAACUCUGAAACUGGUAUUUUUAAUACCAGUUAAUUUAAUCAUAUUAUUUAAUUAGGUGAUGGUGUGAUACAUUGAGUUUCUUUUGUUGUAUAUAUUUUAGCCAAACAAAGUUAUCAGAAACUGUGUAAAUGUAAUUAUUUUGACACAAUAUUUAUUAUCUUUUGUUAUCUAGAAGACACAAAUCUGGUUUGGAUCAUUUUACUUAAAUUUAAAGUUUCCAGUUGUGUUUCAUGCUACAACAAAAUGUCUUUGUUGUCAAAUAAAAAUGUACUUUAGUUUUUUCUGACAGUGUGAACAUUUAAAUCAGUGCAAUGCAGAGUUUAACAAACCUAAACAUUUGUAAAGCAACCAAUCAAAGCUGUGCAUUAUUUUUCUUGUCCAAAGUGGUGCAAACAUGGUUUCCACUGCACUUAUUUACAAGUGUUACGGUAAAUUUGUUGCCUGAACUGUCAAAAUAAAUAGUUUCACAUGUUUUUAG